AUGGCAACUACCAACUUCACAGGUACCAGCCACUCACUCUUCAUUCUACUGGGCAUCCCUGGCUUGGAAGACCAGCAUACAUGGAUCUCUCUCCCCUUCUUUGUUUCCUACCUUGUUGCUGUCCUUGGGAAUAGCCUCCUUAUCUUCAUCAUCAUCACUGAACGCAGCUUCCAUGAACCCAUGUACCUCUUCCUCUGCAUACUGGCUGUGACUGACCUCAUCCUGUCCACUACCACUGUGCCCAAGGCCCUAGCCAUAUUCUGGUUCCAUGCUGGGGAAAUCUCCCUUGAUGGCUGUGUCACCCAAAUCUUCUUCAUCCAUGCGACCUUCAUUGCUGAAUCAGGAAUUCUGUUGGCAAUGGCAUUUGACCGUUAUGUGGCCAUCUGUAACCCACUGCACUAUACCACAGUGCUCAGUCAUGCAGUAAUCAUAAGAGUUGGCUUGGCCGUGGUCCUGAGAAGCUUCUGUGUGAUACUCCCAGAUGUGUUUCUGGUGAAGCGACUGCCUUUCUGCCACAGCAAUCUGCUGCCGCACACCUACUGUGAGCACAUGGCCGUGGCCAAGUUUGCUUGUGCCGAUAUUCGUGUCAAUGUUUGGUAUGGCUUGUCUGUCCUUCUCUCUACUGUGAUGCUAGAUGCCUUGUUCAUCUUAGUUUCCUACAGCCUCAUCCUCUACACAGUCUUCCAUCUCCCUUCCCGAGGAGCUCGACAAAAGGCUCUGGGCACAUGUGGUUCACACCUUGGGGUCAUUUCCAUGUUCUACUUGCCUGGCAUCUUUACUAUAAUCACCCAGAGGUUUGGGCACCAUGUGCCGCUCCAUACACACAUUCUUCUGGCCAAUGUCUGCAUGUUGGCUCCUCCCAUGCUGAACCCCAUCAUUUAUGGGAUCAAGACCAAGCAGAUCCGAGAACGAGUGCUCAGUAUUUUGUCUUCACAAUGGAAAUGA